AUGUGGAUCAAGUUCGGCGUCUUCCUUACAAUAUUCGGGUUAAUUCACCUUAUCAAAUGCAUAGACAUCGCAUACUCGGAUGUAUACCUUCCAGAUGGAACUAAUGGCUUCGUAUGUCAAUUACAUUUCUAUCCAAUCGAUCGUGUACGGGAGGAAGCAAAAAAAGUUAUUGAAUUAUUUUUCUUUGGAAAUUAUAAUAGAAGAUUUCCAGCAUCAUUCGAAGAUACACAACUGUUUAAUGUGAAAUCAGACAUCCUUCUCUCAUGGCCUAUUUUUCCCAGUGGGGUACCUUAUUCCAGUAAGAACCCAGGUAAAAUCCGCCUUGUCAUAAACAUCAGAGGUCAAAUCAUGGGUGUCGUAACAAAAAAACCCAAGGUCCCUAACCAGAAAACUAGUUUUGAGAGAUGCAAUCCAGUACGCAGAUUUUUUGAAAGGGACACUGACGACCAAGCCACAUUGAAUGAGCGUUUAACAGCGACUUAUUCCACAUUUGGAUACCAUUGUGGCUCGAAGUUUUUUCCAGAAUCAGUAGUGAAAUGGAUAAAAGGACCAGAAUUAAGCAUAUAUUUCCAACAAAGGCUGAGUGGGAAAUACAAGCUCUGCAACCUCGAAAAAUUUACGGGCGAUGAAUUUCGAGGGGCUGAUCUCUACUGGUAUCCUGUGCAUCAUAAAAUAUCCCACAGAGCUGCUACUGGUCCACCUGGCAAAUUUCGUGCAGUUUUUGAUAUGAGCAAUAGUGAAUUCAAGGGUAUCAUCAAUAUAGAAGAUAGGAAAGAAAAAUGUGCACCUGUAAGGGAUUUAUCAUCGACCUCAUCCCAUGAAAUUUAUCGCCCAUCCUCUUUAUCAAACUUCGAGAGAAUUCAAGAUAGUUAUUGGCCCCAGACUUGCUUGGGACAUAAGUUCAAGUCCAAAACCAUAUUGCUUUAUUUGGAGUUCGCCCUAAAAAAUUGGGUGAAUGCUUUAAAUGGUAGAAAACCCUAUUUCCCUCUUGUAGAAGAUCUGGUGAUAAAUCUCUGGCUCAUAAGAACCCCAGAAAACCAUGAUAACUCCUUCCGUCAUGCGUUCGCGAUAGGUCAUAACACUGGCCUUGAUAGGUACAGCCUUUACCAUGCUGAAGUACAAAAGGGUGUAAUAGAAAAAUUCCACCCUUGUCUGGAAUUUUCUCGGGAUAUUAUUCGUGGUUUACAGGAAAAUCUCGCUUGGCCACCCAGCUCUGGAGAAAGCUAUUCCCCUGUCCACUGA